GUGGACGUUGCGGUGUUCGGGCUCGCCCCGGAUUCGAUAUUCGCCCAGGACGUGAACGGCUUCUCGCGCAAGGCGGUCACCUUCGGCGCGAUCAGCGCAACCACCAGAUUCCUGGCCGACGUCUGGUUCAUCGUGCUCUACGGUAACGCGAACACAGAAAAGUUUCAGCAGCUCGCGAAAGACGUGUACGGGACCUACUUCUUCUUCUGCCUCACCUGCCGCCUCCCGACGCUCUUCCUCUUCCUCUCCACGCUCGCGAUCACCGCGUUCCUCUUCGCCCUCACUGAGGCUGCGUGUCCGACCACGGUGUUCAUCACGUCCUUCGAUGCCGGCGUCCUGCCCUCCUCCCAGUUCCUCGUCUUUGGCGCACAU